AUGUCAGAAUAUGAACUACCCGACCUAGUAUGGGUGACGACAAGCGGAGCGUUAGUGUGGCUCAUGGUGCCUGGAAUCGCGUUUCUAUACUCGGGAUUGUCGCGCAAAAACCAUGCCCUGGGUGCUCUUUGGACUGGAAUGAUGACUCUCGGCGUCUCCUUCUUCCAGUGGUGGUUGUGGGGCUACUCGUUGAGCUUUUCGGCCAAGGAUAACGGUCAACACUUCAUUGGAGGAAUGGAACACGUUGUUGCUCAACAUGUAUGGACUUCUCGGUCGGCUUCGACGCCCACAGUUCCCGAUGUAGUGUGUUACUUCUACCAGGGCAUGUUUGCGUGUGUCACUGCAGCUCUCAUGAUUGGCGGAGGAAACGAGCGAGUAAGACUGGGGCCUUUGGCUGUGUUUCUUUUCAUAUGGCAGACAAUUGUGUAUUGUCCAAUUGCCUACUGGACGUGGAACCCCAAUGGUUGGGCUGCUCGUUUGGGCAGUCUGGACUUUGCAGGGGGAGGACCGGUUCACAUGUGCUCUGGAAGUGCAGCCAUGGCGUUUGCCUUGGUGGUUGGACGUCGAAAAAGUCCAGCUUGUGACUUUGUGCCUGCCUUCAGGCCCUCGUCGGUAGCCUACAUCAUCAUGGGCACCAUCAUGCUGUGGUUUGGGUGGCUGGGGUUCAACGGAGGCUCUGCUGGGGGAGCCAGUGUGCGAGGAAUUGUGGCCAUGGUGAACACCAAUCUGGCGGCUUCCUGUGGUGGACUCACGUGGAUGAUGGUGGACUACUUCCGACACAAUGGAAAGUGGACUGCCAUCGGUAUCUGUUCGGGAGCCAUUGUGGGGCUUGUGGGGGUCACUCCAGCUGCCGGAUUUGUGCCCGCGUGGUCGGCGGUAGUUAUUGGAAUUGUUUCUGGAGUCGCAGCCAAUCUCGGAAUCGGAAUCAAGGGUGUUGUAUACAUCGACGACGGUCUAGACGUGUUUGCGCUCCAUGGAAUUGGAGGCUUUACAGGCUCAGUCAUGACCGCCUUUUUUGCGUCCGACUGGGUCACAAAAACAGACGGAGUCACCGUAAUCCAGGGCGGAUGGGUCAACGGACAUUACGUCCAGCUGGGCUACCAAUUGGCCUCGGCAUGUGCUACCAUUGGCUGGUCCUUUGCCAUCACCUACCUCAUUCUCAUCACCAUGGACUUGAUCCCGUUUCUGACCCUGAGAAUGGACGCAGUGGAUGAACAACUAGGCACCGACGUGACCCAACUGAGCAACGAGUGUCCUGAGCAGUGGGAGGAGUUGACCCUCUAUCUCAGACCGUGGCUGGAGAAUGUGGAGAAGGAGAAACAGGAAAGAAUGGCCCAGGAGGCCAUGCACCAGGUGGUAUGA